AUGAAUCGACCAAGAAAGGAGUUCAUGAAGUUAAGUUCGGAGAUGAAAAAUGAGCUCAGACGUGAACUCCACGAGAACAGAAUCGCUUGGCUUAACAAAGAGUGGCAAGGGCAACACUGGAUCCCUGCCGAUGUCGUGUGGCCUCACAAGCCUUGCCGGAGCGUUGUCCGCUGCCUGAAAAGCAUCACUGAGCUGGCCACGACGGAAAAGAUCCCGUUAACUUCUCUCUGGGAGCCUGACGGAUUCAUCAGAAAUGUUGUCGACCAGGACCUUGCCACCAGGACACCUGCGCUCAACUUGCAGCACAAACAUCCUAGGUUUGCACGCCUUACGAGAAAGAUGGUGAAGAAGGCGUAUCGGAACAUGGUUUUAUCGAUGGCCAAUGUAGAAAAUGACAGCAGUUCGUCGUCAGAUUCUACAGCAGGAAAUGAGUGCAAGGCAGAAACACUUCAGGAAGACACCAUCGCUUCACAAUUGACUUCUCCUUCCUUCGACCCAUCAACCAUGCAGCGACUCCCAUCUCCUCUCAACGAUACGAUCGCAUCUACGGAAGAUGAAUUACGAGUGCCGCCACGAAACGCGAAGCGACCCUUAGAAGAAGACGAAGACGAACCAUCAACUUCGCCCCGCAACAAGAGUCCUCGAUUAACCAUGGACAAGGCGCUUGAGAAUCUAAGUUCUUUUCAGAUCGAAAAUGCUCGCCGCAUACUGGCCACCGAACUUGAUACCGCCCUUUCUGUCAAGCAUGACGCUGAGAAAGCUUUGUUGGGCCUCCUACAUCGCGAUGGCUCCGUGGCAGUAACUCAAGCCGAAAGAGUACAGGCCCGUCAUCGGAAACAAGAAGCAGAAGACACAUUCCACCGAGUUUAUGAAAGACUCCAUCGACCCAGCCAAACUCUAGCCACGAUGGGAAAUCUCAAGAAGAGCUUUGAUGCACAUGCCAUAUGCGCCUGCGAGUUUGAGCGUGCUCAGAAAGAGGCACAGAUCGCCAAGAGCAGACUGGAUCAGGCACAAGCGCACCACGAUGCUGCUUUGCAAUCUGACCGGACCGAUGACUGUGACUUGGAGGUAGUUUGGGAUAUGUUUAUGAGGUCUGAUCGGUACGGGGCGGAGAGUGAGUAA